CCGAAUAUUUACAGGUACAGAAGAGCGCGGCCGACGACGACUUUGCUCGCUCAAUCCACGACUCCUGCCAAAGCUACUGCCGUCGCAAUCGAAACCGCGAAGAUGGCUCCCAGCUUUGACAAGCUCUCGGAGCACGACUUCGAGGAUGAUGUCGAGGAGAACAUCGAUUUCAGCGACCUCAAGGAGCGCUACGAUGUGCGGAUGGAGGAAGGCCUCGAUACUUUUGUCGUCAUCGAUGGUCUCCCAAUUGUCUCCGAGGAACAAAAGCCCAAGCUCAUCAAGUUUUUGCUGAAACGCCUAAACUCCGUGGGAAGGAUAAAGGAUGGAGAAGAAUCUAUUUUCAUGCCCAUGAAUGAGCAGGGGAUGUCUGAAGGGUUUGCAUUUGUUGAAUAUUCUACUCCAGAGCAGGCGAUUGCCGCGACGAAGCAGCUUCAUGGAACAGCAUUGGACAAAAAGCACACCAUCGCAGUCAACAAACUUACCGACAUCGAAAAGUAUGGACGAGAAGGAAGGAUUGACGAGGAAUUCGUUCCCCCCGAGAUUGAACCGUUCCAGGAACAAGAGCAUCUCCGGUCGUGGCUCUUUGAUCCCGCCGCUCGGGAUCAGUUCGCCAUGUUCCGUGGCGACAAUGUUGGCGUAUUCUGGAACAACAAGAGAGACCCUCCUGAGCCUGUGGUGGAUCGCAAACACUGGACACAACUGUUCGUCUCCUGGUCACCGCAAGGUACCUACCUCGCAUCCAUCCAUCAACAAGGUGUUCAACUCUGGGGUGGCCCGUCAUUCAAGCGCGUCCGACAGUUCCCUCAUCCUUUCGUCAGCCUGAUCGAAUUCUCUCCGGGCGAGAAGUACCUUACCACGUGGUCGAAUCAACCCAUCACCGUGGAAGAGGGUAAAGGUCCCCUGACUAUCGAUGAAGAAGGCAAGCACAUCGUUAUUUGGGACAUUACUACCGGCAAACCGCUCAGAUCGUUCAUGGCUCAUGAUCUUACCCCUCCACCUGGUGCGGAUCCGGGCGCGAUUCCUCCCAAAGCGAAGGUUCAAUGGCCAGCGUUCAAAUGGUCUGCCGAUGAAAAAUACGUGGCCAGAAUGAAACCUCACGAGAGUAUCUCGAUCUACGAACUCCCGCGCAUGAACCUACUGGACAAGACGUCGGUGAAGGUCGAAGGCAUAAUGGACUUUGAAUGGGCCCCGGCAAUCACCCAGAGAGAAGGAGUCAAGACAUACGAGUCGCUGCUGUGUUUCUGGACUCCUGAGAUGGGCUCCAACCCGGCGAGAGUUGCGUUAAUGUCUAUUCCAAGCAAAGAGAUUGUCCGAACUCGAAACCUGUUCAAUGUCACGGAUGCGAAACUGCAUUGGCAGUCCGAAGGCAAAUUUAUCUGUGUCAAGGUUGACCGACACUCCAAGUCCAAGAAAUCCCUGGCCACGAACCUCGAAAUCUUCCGCAUCAAGGAGAAAGGCGUACCUGUCGAAGUCGUCGACAGUCUCAAGGACACUGUCAUAAAUUUCGCCUGGGAGCCCAAGGGCGAUCGGUUCGUUCUGAUCACUGCUGGCGAGGCCGUCGCUGGAGCACAGACAUUCCCCAAGACCGCCGUGCAAUUCUUUGCGCCCGAGAAAGUCAAGGGUGCAGGCACUGGUCCGUUCAAGCACGUCCGCACCUACGACAAGAAGAACAGCAACGGUAUCUACUGGUCGCCGAAAGGCCGUUUCGUCGUCGUUGCCACGGUUAGUGUCCAGCAACACUCGGACAUUGACUUCUACGACCUCGACUACGAAGGUGACAAGCCGGAAAGCGAGGCCCACCUCGCCGCCAAUAUUAUGCUUAUGAACUCUGAGGACCACUACGGCAUGACGGAUGUCGAGUGGGACCCAACCGGUCGAUAUGUGACCACCAGUGCUAGUGUUUGGACUCAUCAGAUGGAAAACGGUUACCGACUGUGGACCUUUUUCGGCCAACUUCUUUUCGAUGCUCCCACCGAGAAAUUCAAGCAAUUCCUCUGGCGGCCACGGCCACCGACCAUGCUCUCCAAGGAGGAACAGCGGGCUAUCCGUCGGAAUCUGCGGGAGUACUCCAAGGAGUUCGAAGAGAUCGACAAGGAGCUCGAGGAGGGUGCCAACUUGGCCGUCAUCGAGUCUCGUCGGAGACUCUACCAAGAGUGGUACAGUUGGGUGGCCCAGGAGAAGGAGCUGCUCAAGCAGGAGCGGGAGGAGCUGGGCAUCCCCGAUCCAGAGACCCAGCUGCAGCUCCACCGUACACGCAGUGUCGAGGCAGAUGGCGAGAAGGUGGUCGAAGAAGUGGUCGAGGAGGUCAUCGAAGAAACCGAGGAGAUCGUGUCGUAAAUUUGGAGAGCACAGCAGGGCAUCUGAGUGGUCAUGUCAGGCGUACUGCUACCGCUGGCACUAUCCGAGGCUGUUUCCGGAUUAGAUGGCUACGAGUACAGCGGUUGCUAGUGCAAUGGAUUUGUACAUGGUCAAAUGGGUUUCCGCGGCCGUGAAAGUGCUGGUUGCGCAUGCAUGAGCGCCACUUAGCUAGCACGGUUUGAACUAGGUGCCGAUAGAAAAGUCACGUCUUCGGCAUAUCGGUGCAACAUUGUUUCAAACCGGAGUUUUCAUUGCGGUCUGUUUGGGACUCUAAAAACCAAGAACCAACGCUCCCUCGCCCAUAGUUGAAGUCGUUCAAAUGUGUCACAAUGCAUUAACCAGCUCAUGAACCGAGCAAGUCCAGUCCCUACAGCCUAGACACACCAUGAAUAGGCUCAUCAGACAUAAUCUACUGCGUGUCAGUGCAGCACGCAAGUAGUGACGAUCACAGGUCAUGUUGCUCCCUCAUGCCUUCUUCGACAUCCCGUAGCUGAUCAAGAUUGAUUCUGCACUCCUCC